UACUCAACCAAUCUCUGACCAUGUGAUCAGAAUCAAAUCUGCUUUGGGCGCGGAGUAAGGCAUUGGAGUAGUGUUUCUUCAAGACGGGCCCUUUUCUUCGUUGGAACGCAAGCAUGGAAACUGGUGUGGUGGGGCCUUCCGUGGCCGUUAUGUCCAUGGUAGUAUUCGGCGUGAUCAGCAGAACGGUCCUGAGGUUUCCCAUGCCGAAAAGUGUGCGCAACCCGUGGAAGUGGACCAACACUUUCGUCUCGCUCGUCCACAGCUCGCUGACGGGCCUUGGCGCUCUGCUCUGUUUUUACCAGGCACCAGAAAUGACCAAAGAUCUGAUCACACCAGUUACCAUGCCCUCUCAUCUACUGGUGUCAAUGUCUACUGGUUAUUUCAUGUAUGAUGUUCUAGAUUUGUUUGUGAGCAAGAAGGCAAAGUCUCACUGGGAGCUUGUUCUUCAUCACAUUACAGUUAUAGCGUGCUUUGGCUGUGCCGUUGUCACCAAGCUGUACACAGGGUUUGCACUGGUGGCUCUAACCAUCGAACUCAGCAGUGCUUUCCUACACAUCCGACAACUCUUACACAUGGGCGGCGUCAGCAAACGCAACGUUAUAUACCGCACCAACAGCAUGAUCAACAUCGGGAUGUACAUCUUGUUCCGCAUCUGUACGCUAGCGUGGAUGACGAGAUGGAUAGUCAUCAAUCGGGACAUGAUUCCGUUCAUUCCGUUCACGCUGGGAAGCGUUGGCCUCGCUAUCAUGACCAUCAUCAACGUGUUCCUGUUUUUCCGCCUGCUACAAAGUGACUUUUUGCAAAAGAAGCCAAAACACAAAGACUGGUUCUCCGAGUAGGACAUUUCUGUCCUUUGCUUUUGAUGUUAUGUGUCCUUUUUCUUGUCAUUGAUUUUGAUGGAUUGUAUUUUUUUCUUUAAUGUUGGUAAAUAGAUCUAAUAGGACAAUCAGGGUUGAAUGUUUGGUAUGUUUUGUGGAUGCCAGAAAAAACACUCUACAGGAAACUUAGCUGUUGCUGUUUAGCAUUAUAAUAAAUAUCGUAUCAUAUCAGUGAGCUUGACCUACAGAAAAUUUCCUUCAAGUUGGAACACACAUUGAAUGAAUGAAUUUAUUGCUCAACAAUCGUACAGGGUACAAUGUAUGGCAAUUGAUAACAACUAUUAGAUAUACAGACAGUAGUUCUGUCUGUAUAUCUAACAGACAGACAGAACACAGUAGUAUGAAUGUGAAAGUUGAUAUUUUAAAUGUAGAACAUGCCUGACCACUGUAUAUGAUAUAUGCCCUAAGCUGUGCUAAAAAAAUUAUGUCAGUAUUAUAGACCAAAUCUCUCAUGAUUCCUGAAAGAAUAUUGCCUAGUUAGAAUAUAGUGAACUUCAGGUAUGACUUGCCUAGUCAAGGCUAUUUGUAUAUUAUUAAUAUGGUGAACACAGGUUUCCUCCAACCUUUUGGCAGUACAUUUUUGUAACAUAAAUACAGGAUGUAUUUUGUUAUCCAGGAUUCCUUAAGAGAUUGCCAAAUCAUUAAUCUCACUGGUACUGUAUUUUGCAAAAACAUGUAACAUUAGUGCUAAGCUACCUGAAAGUUUCUUUGAAUUGAGUACAUAUGGAAUGACCUAAGUGCACUUUUAAGAAUGCAUUUCAUUUCAUUUUUCCUUCAUUUAUUUUACCAGGGACGGCAGUACCGGAAUAGUUUUUGCUCCAUACAAUUCAGGAAUCUCAUCAUAGAUAUAUGCCAUGUACAUGUAUAUAUUAUGCAAUCUACAGGCUUGUUGCCACGUAUUUAAAUACAUACAUGUAUAAGCUCUCAGCUCAGGUCAGUCUCUAGAUAUUAAAACACUGACAUUUUCAACUCUGCAAACUGGUGGAAAAUAAUAAGCAGAGAUGAUGGAAUACAGAUGUGCAGUUUCAUGUCAUCAGUAGGUCAGGAACUCCAUUGGGCCUGCUUAAUGUACUAAUUAAUGAGCUGAAUGGAUAUGUUGGCAUGACCUUUACUCAGGUGCUUGACAUUAUUUUAUUGCAUUGACAUCUUACAAAGAGAUUAGGCAGAUAUAUUAUAUAUAUAGUGGGAUCUGAUUAUGACAUGCCCCUAUGCUUACUGUAUAAUUUUAUCAGCUUGGGUUUGAUUUAAAGAGAUUGAUUGUAUGAAAAUGUGAAAAGGAGACAAAAAUCUAUAUUUCUUUAAAAGUUUUAAUUGAUGUGAAAGUUGUGACAUUGACCGCAUACUAGUUUUCCCGAUCUUUUACUUAUGGAACAACUAAAUGCUAAGAUAGCAUGGCUCCCAAAUUUUAGGUAGAUCUGUCCUGUGAACUGUUGCAAUUAUGACUUUUACCAAAUAAUUUACAAAAAGUGUGAUGAGACAUUGUGGUCAAUGAACAUCUGCAGCUACAUGUAAUUGAUUGGGGCCUUACAACAAAGAACUGUUGUAUUAUUGUAAUUUGUAGUUAGCUUAUUUUAGACCAAUCUGUAUCAGUCACAAUGUAACAUUUUUAUUUCUUAUCUGUUAUAUUGGCUGUUCUUGAUUUACUUUGAACCGUAUAAUCUAUUUGAUGACAAUACUAAUAUAAUGUUUUGUACAUUUCUACAUUUUGCAAUUCAGAAGGAUGUUUACAAUGAAAAUGAAUAAUAUGAAAAUAGAUUUAUUACAGAUAUG